AUGGGCAGCAGAGCGACUAAGUCUCACUCCACAGAAACGCUGGUGUUUGCUGAUAAAGAUCAUGACUUCAGAAUCCCAGCGCUGCUUUACGUUAAGGAGUGGAACACCUUCCUGGCGUUUGCAGAGAAGCGCACCUCUAGCAAAGACGAACACGCAGAGAAUCUGGUGAUGAGAAAAGGCUUACGGCAGCCUGACGGCUCACUGCAGUGGUCUCCCACCGAGGACUUGAUGAAGGCGUCCAUAGAUGGGUUCCGCACCAUGAACCCCUGCCCAGUCUUCGAGCGGAACUCCGGAACCCUGUUUCUGUUCUUCAUCUGCCUGAGGGGUACGACCUUAGAGUGCAUGCUGAAGCCCGGCCAGACCCGCCUGUGCUACGUCAUGAGCGUGGACCGCGGCCAGACCUGGAGCGACCACACCGACCUGACGAGCAGCGUCAUGGACGCCACCUUCGACCACUACCAGACGUUCGCCGUGGGCCCGGGCCACGGGAUCCAACUCCGCAGUGGCACUCUGCUGGUGCCCGCCUAUGUGAAGCUGGUGGAGGGGUGCCGCCAGUACCCGGGCCUGUGGUGCUGCUGCGGGGGCUGUGAGUGCGUGAGCACCCACUCGGUGGUGCUGCGGAGCCACGACCUGCUCACCUGGCACGCCGGCCAGCCCGUCGCCACGGAGACGGGAGAGUGCCAGCUGGCAGAGGUGUUUGACGGCGAGGGCAGGACGCAGGUGUACCUGAACGCCCGCAGCACCGGGGAGUGGAGAGUGGAGGCUCUGAGCGGUGAUGGCGGGGAGAGCUUUACGCCGCUGAGCCACCUGGCACUGCCGGAGGUGGGCAAGGGCUGCCAGGGCAGCGUGGUGAGCUUCCCCGCCAGGGAGCUGCCCGCAGGGGAAGGGGCGUCCGCACAGACGGCUCUGCUCUUCAGCCACCCCACCGCAGGGCAGGACUGGGACAGGCUGGAGCUGGGGGUCCACCUGCGGAGCUCUCUCCAGGACCACCACCCCUGGGGGGAACCCCACAUCAUCCACCCGGGGCGCAGCGGCUACUCAGACCUCGCUCGCUGUGAGGCGGAGGGGCGCUUCGCCUGCCUCAUGGAGUGUGGUGAGGGGGGACGUCUUCAGAUGGUCUUCAGGGAGUUUGACCUCACAGAGAUACUGCACAUCGUUUAACCAAUCAGACAUAGAGAGAGGCGAAUCUGUGUGAGGACGUUGCUCUAUGAUAGACUACAGACAAAUCUCCUACAGACAAACUUUUUUCCUCCAGGACUCAAUGUUCCAUCAGUCAGUGUCAACAAUUUUAAUCAAGCAGUUCAAACGUAACUUUAGUACCAAAUGAAAACGAGAUCUUGCUAAAAAAAAGUCAGGCUGCGUGAGUGGAGAAACCGAAGUGCUUUCUGUAAUAAACACGUUUCUUAUUCAAUA